CCCUCGUCCAUGUCGAACUUGGCCUUAAGCUGCCCAUAUCAAUGGCCGGACACGAGAUCACGAGAUAUUUCAUUUGCGCCAUACGCGCCAGACUCAACAGCCGACAGACUCCAGUGAGUGAUGGUCGUGGAUUAGAAUCCACUUCGCCCGACUUUCCAAGGCCCACCUCUCCAUCCCCUAUUCAAGGCGUGGCACCGGGCCCAGAAAAAUCUGGGGACGACACGCAUGCGUGUUUAACCUAUUCCAUAACUACAUAUUCUGGAUAGUGAGUCGAGAAGGCCCUUCGUUGUCUUGUAUUGAGGCGCCCCAAUCGAAAACAGUUAAUGCCGCUGUGAGCGCUUCCACGUCCACUUUCUUGCAGUCUUCUCUUUGCAUAUAAUUGCAUGGCAAAACCCUUUCC